CUGGUCCUAGCUUUUUUGAAAAAGAUGCAAGAGAAAUAUUUAUAAAAGCUAAAGUUUAUAAAAUAAUAAGAAGUCUUUAUAAAGAAAUAACUAUGGAAAUCGAUACUCAAUCUGAUGUAACAUAG